AUGUUGCGAAGCUCUGUGUGUAGAGCUGGCACCCGGGUGCUUCAUGCCUCGAAACCUACAACCUCGCAAUCAUGCUUCUCGACUAUCGCGUCGCGAACUUCGUCGAGGAAGCUCGCCGCUGCCCGUCGUCCCCUGGCCCUGACCGGCCAACGUCACUAUGCGAGCGCGACCGACUCCGCCCCUAACCCCAACGACAACUUCCUGUCGGGCAACACUGCCAACUACAUCGAUGAGAUGUACAUGCAGUGGAAGCAGGACCCCAAGAGCGUUCACGUCUCAUGGCAGGUCUACUUCAAGAACAUGGAGAACGGCGAUAUGCCCAUCGCCCAAGCCUUCACUCCUCCUCCCUCUCUGGUCCCUGGUGCUACUGGUGGUGUCCCAGGCAUUGCCGCCGGCCUCGGUCAGGGCUCAGAGAUCACCAACCACUUGAAGGUUCAGCUCCUCGUCCGCGCCUAUCAGGCACGCGGUCACCACAAGGCCAACAUUGACCCCUUGGGCAUCCGCAACGAGUCCGCAGGCUUCGGCAACAUCAAGCCCAAGGAGCUCAGCCUCGAGCACUACCAAUUCUCCGAGAAGGACCUCGAUGCUGAGUACGAGCUUGGCCCCGGCAUCCUCCCGCGCUUCAAGAAGGAUGGCCGCGAGAAGAUGACUCUCCGCGAGAUCAUUGACGCCUGCGAAAAGAUCUAUUGCGGUGCCUACGGUAUCGAGUUUAUCCACAUUCCCGACAGAGAAAAGUGCGACUGGCUGCGCGAGCGCAUUGAGGUUCCCCAGCCGUUCAAGUACUCAAUCGACGAGAAGCGCCGCAUCCUCGACCGUCUCAUCUGGAGUUCUAGUUUCGAAUCCUUCCUUGCCACAAAAUACCCUAACGACAAGCGCUUCGGUCUCGAAGGUUGCGAGACUCUCGUCCCCGGUAUGAAAGCUUUGAUCGACCGCAGCGUUGAUUAUGGCGUUAAGGAUAUUGUCAUUGGCAUGCCUCACCGCGGUCGCCUCAACGUUCUCAGCAAUGUCGUUAGAAAGCCCAACGAGUCCAUCUUCAGCGAGUUCGCCGGAACUGCCGGCGCUGAAGACGAAGGCUCUGGUGACGUCAAGUACCACCUCGGUAUGAACUUCGAGCGCCCUACGCCCUCCGGCAAGCGCGUCCAGCUCUCCCUCGUGGCCAACCCUUCUCACUUGGAGGCCGAAGACCCUGUCGUGCUCGGCAAGACCCGCGCCAUCCAGCACUACAAUAACGAUGAGAAGACCCACCGCACCGCCAUGGGCGUAUUGCUCCACGGAGAUGCCGCCUUCGCCGCCCAGGGUGUCGUCUACGAGUGUCUCGGAUUCCACUCUUUGCCUGCCUUCUCCACCGGUGGUACCAUUCACCUGGUUGUCAACAAUCAGAUCGGUUUUACUACCGAUCCUCGUUUCGCUCGUUCUACCGCCUACUGUACCGACAUCGCCAAGGCCAUCGACGCCCCUGUCUUCCACGUCAACGCCGACGAUGUUGAGGCCGUGAACUUCGUGUGCCAGAUGGCCGCCGACUGGCGCGCUGAGUUCCAGCAGGACGUCAUUAUCGACUUGGUCUGCUACCGUAAGCACGGCCACAACGAGACGGACCAGCCUUCUUUCACCCAGCCCCUCAUGUACAAGCGCAUUCAGGACCACGAGUCUCAGAUCUCCAUCUACGUCAACAAGCUCCUCGAAGACGGCAGCUUCACGAAGGAGGACAUCGAAGAGCACAAACAGUGGGUCUGGGGCAUGCUGGAGGAGAGCUUUUCCAAGUCUAAGGACUACCAGCCCACUUCCAAGGAAUGGACCACGUCCGCCUGGAAUGGCUUCAAGUCUCCCAAGGAGCUUGCCACCGAGGUCCUCCCUCACCACGAGACCAGCGUUGACCUCAAGACCCUGAACCAUCUCGGAGAGGUCAUUGGCAGCACCCCUGAGGGAUUCCAUGCUCAUCGCAACCUGAAGCGUAUCCUGUCAAACCGCACCAAGUCUGUCGUCGAGGGCAAGAACAUUGACUUCCCCACUGCUGAGGCCCUUGCGUUCGGUUCCCUCGUCACGGAGGGCCACCACGUCCGUGUUUCCGGUCAGGAUGUCGAGCGCGGAACCUUCUCCCAGCGCCACGCCGUCUUCCACGACCAGGAGACCGAGGACACCCACACCCCUCUCCAGCACGUCAGCAAGGACCAGGGCAAGUUCGUCAUCUCCAACUCUUCUCUGAGCGAGUUUGGCGCCCUUGGCUUCGAGUACGGCUACUCUUUGUCUUCACCCAACGCCCUGGUCAUGUGGGAGGCUCAGUUCGGUGACUUCGCCAACAACGCACAGUGCAUCAUUGAUCAGUUCAUCGCCUCUGGCGAGGCCAAGUGGAUGCAGAGAACCGGCCUCGUCGUGUCUCUCCCCCACGGCUAUGACGGCCAGGGUCCCGAGCACUCUUCCGGCCGCCUGGAGAGGUGGUUGCAACUGAGCAACGAGGACCCCCGCGUCUUCCCUUCUCCUGAUAAGCUGGAGCGUCAGCACCAGGACUGCAAUAUGCAGGUCGCCUAUAUGACGAGCCCCUCCAACCUGUUCCACGUUCUCCGUAGACAGAUGCACCGUCAAUUCCGCAAGCCUCUCAUCAUCUUCUUCUCCAAGGCUUUGCUCCGUCACCCUCUGGCUCGCUCCAACAUUGAGGAGUUCAGUGCAGACUCCCACUUCCGCUGGAUCAUUCCUGACCCCGAGCACGAGACCGGUGCCAUUAAGCCCAAGGAGGAGAUCGACCGUGUCAUUCUCUGCUCUGGUCAGGUCUGGGCUACUCUGUCCAAGUACCGUGCCGACAACAAGAUCGACAACGUUGCUUUCACCCGCCUCGAGCAGCUCAACCCCUUCCCUUGGCAACAACUGAAGGAGAACCUGGACCAGUACCCCAACGCCAAGACCAUCGUUUGGUGCCAGGAGGAGCCUCUCAACGCUGGUGCAUGGAGCUUCACUCAGCCUCGCCUCGAGACCCUGCUCAACAACACUGAGCACCACGACCGCAAGCAUGUCAUGUACGCCGGUCGUGGCCCCAGCGCUUCCGUUGCUGCUGGUAACAAGGGUCUGCACAACAAGGAGGAGCAGGAGUUCCUGGAGAUGGCCUUCUCUGUCAAGCAGGACAAGCUGAAGGGCGAGUAG